AUGGACAUCGAUAGAAGCACAUUGGGCAACCCCAACAGAGCUGCAAACCUAUUUCUGGACCCCGAUAAAAUGGAGACCACAAACACUCCAAUUAUUGCCUACGACCCAAUUCUUGCUAGACAUUUGGGACUUGCUCAAACACGAAAUGACAAACUACCAACCAAUCCCGUUUGCUACCCCCAUAGUCGCACUAGCGAAAAUAAUCCCCACAUUAGACAAAGAACCAUGGCUAACACAUGGCGUGAAAUAUAUCGCACAACUUUACGAAGAAGGAGCACUGUUAACAUUCCCGAAGUUGCAAAAUAA